CUCUGGACCUGGUAAACCUGCUCCGCUCACCUCCCUCUGUCACACCUGGUCCCCCAGCUGCUCCACACACACUCAGGUGAGUACAUACUGAACUCUCAUACUCUCUGAAAAUACUCCGAACUCGAACCUUCAAUCAGCGCUCCGACCAAAACCUCUUCAUGUUAAACUCAGACUAACUGGUCUAAGUUUAAACCCUGAUCAUGAAUCUGCACCAGAGACUGUAUAUACUAUAUAGUAUUAUAUAAUAUUAUAUUGUAUAUACUAUAAAGUAUAUAUUUUAAAGUAUAUACUAUAUAGUAUAUACAAUAUAGUAUUAUAUAUUUUAAAGUACAUACUAUGUAUUAUAUACAGUAUUAUAUAGUAAUCUAUAUUUUAAAGUAUAUACAUGUUAUAUAGUAUACGAAAUAUAUAGUAUAAACAUAUUAUAUAGUAUAUACAGUCUAUGAUCUGCACCUUUAUUAAUCUGACUGAUCACUGCUGCAGAUUAGACUGUGAGGGGCAGUCUGUGUGUGUGUGUGUGUGUGUGUGUGUGUGUGUGUGUGUGUGUGUGUGUGUGCGCGCGUGCGCGUGUAGUCUGGACUCUGAAAUGUAAAAGUCAGGGGGUCUAGUCCAGGACCGGUCAGGACUUGUUGGAUCAGCCCGUCACUGAGAGGAUUAACUUUAUAUAAAAACAGGGUUCAAAUAAAUUUAAAAUAAAAAGUUACAUUUUGUUUCACUUUUGAUGUGCCGAUCGCUGCUCAGAUCAGGUUUUGACGAUUCAGACCGGGUCUCAGACCCUCAGGCUCAGAUUAGUUUUGUCGAUCAGGAUAAAAAAUUUAAAAAAACUGCUUUUUUUUUUGUUUGUUUGUGUUUUUUUUUUUAUGUUUUAAUUUAAACUGCGUUCACUCUAAAAAGUCUCCUUCCCUUCACCUGCUGAUCCACUACCUGACUCAGCUUUUCUGAGUUCACGGCCUAUCAGAGAAUCAGUCGAAGUGUUGUCAGGUGUGUAAAGGUCAGCACUGCAGCAGUAAAGGUUUGAUAUACUGAGACCACAUGGGGCGGGCCUUAUCUGGGCCUGGGGUCAGCUGUCAAUCAUUUCACUGUGAAAGCUUGUGUGUGUGCGUGUGCGUGUGUGUCCUGUCUCUAACGUGUCAAAGAUGUCCUCUUUGAUAGACCAUCAUGUCAGACAGCAGCAGCAGAUCUGUGGACGACGUUAAAACCUUCCUCCAGUGCUGGAGAGGUUUCGACUCACAGCAGACGGCGAGCUGGUAUGAUGAGUGGGCGGAGACCUACGAGAAGGUCAGUGAGCAGGGACAGGGCUUGACACUAACUUUGUUCAUAUGUUCUCAUAAGUUGAAUAAUUAAGGAGCACACAAAGAACUUUAGGGGAACAAUGAAAAUUGAUCCAAUAAUGUUUGUCUUAUUGAUCGACCUUAGUACUAUUAUUAGAAAUCAGUUUUGAAGAUGAGGACUGACAUCACUGUCUGUCCUCCUCCAUUUGUGUCUGAGACUGAGACACUGAGUCUUAUCAACAGAUAACUGAGGAAAGGACCUUGACCACCUAGACAUCCUGUCCUCUGAUAUCUACACAGCUUUGUCUAACUGGGGGGGGGGGGGGGGGGACACCUCCAGGCUGACACAGCAGACCUUGGAGUGAUCUUACCGCAAAGACACGGAGACGGUACAGAAAGUCCUUCCUCUAAACACUGAACCCCCAACAAAGACCUCCCUGUGGACCCCAUCCGUCUGUACUGGGAACAUGUCCCCAUUUUCAUCAUCAUCCCACCAAACUGGGGGGAAACUGGGGAAAAAUGGGGGACACUGGGGGAACAAUAGGGUGACAUUUGGGGGACAGUAUAGGGGACAAUGGGGAAACAACAGGGGGAAACUGGGGGGACAGUAUGGGGGACAAUAGAGGGACAUUGGGGGGACACUGGGGAAACAGUAUGGGGACAAUAGGGGAACAUUGACACUGGGGGACAAUAGGGGGACAUUGGGGGGGACUAGGUGACAAUGAGGUAACAAUAGGGGGACACUGGAGGGACAAUAGGGGAACAAUAGGGGGACACUGGGGGAACACUGUGGGACAAUGGGGGGACACCGGGGGACAAUAGGGGAACACUGGGGGAACCUAGGGAACCCUGUUUUUCAGUGAAAUUGAAACCUAAAAUUUGAAGGAAACCAUGAAAAGCCGCUCCUUCUAAAACGUCUCACGGUGGACCAACAUUGUCCCAACAGCAGUUCUGAUGUCCUCAGCAGUAAACUAAUGGUGGACGUGUCCAAAAGUAGACACUAUCUAAACUGCCUUUUUUUUCCAGGACUCUGAGAUGAUCCACUACAGAGCUCCAAAUCUGGUGGUUGAGUUCCUGGAUGCUCACUAUCCCGGGGAUCGAGAGGACAUUCAGGUUCUGGACGUGGCCUGUGGAUCUGGACUCGUCGCUAAACUUGUGAGACACCCUUGAUCGUAAAACUGUUGAGUCAAACCCAGGAGGUUCUGGAUUUCAUGGUCCUCUUAGUGAGUGCAGCUUAGUACUGAAGAUCCCUUUACCUUCAGAGAGACCGCAGAGGGAAAAGGGUCCUGUACUCUACAGGCUGAGGAUGGAUCAAGUAACAAAGACAUUUAGAGACACUGAGGGAUAUUCCACUGUAAAAUUAAGUUAGGGUCAAACAUACCAUAACACCGAGUUAGACACCCCCUCCAGAGAUGAAUGAUGCCGACCGCUUGCUUCACUUUAGUAAUGACCGCAGGAUAGCAAUGCACAGCAGUCUGAGGACCCAUAAACAAACCUCAACCAAAACGCCACUCUAUAGCCACAAAUAAUGCUCAGAACAGCACCUAACUUCAUCAACCGUACAUACAGGGUCCUAGCCACAGCACUAGCCACCAAACAUCUUUUUAACUUUGACUAAUUUCUUCAGUAAAGAGACUGAACACAACUCACCUACUCUCUUCCAGCAGCCGCUUUUUUGUAGCGAGACCUCAGCCCAGUCCAUUACGGACUACAGCGGGGUGACACAGCUCAAGAAGGAACAUUUAUGAUCAUUUCUUUAUCAUUUCCUUGAAGUAAUAAUCACCAUAUUAAUCAUUUUGUAGACGCAGUAGUUCUUUCGUCUGGGUCUGAUUGUAUUUCCAUGAAGGAAUGAUCAUAAAUGUUCUUCCUUGAGCUGCGUCACCCUGCUGUAGUCCGUAAUGGACUGGCCUGAGGUCUUGCUACAAGCAAGCGGCUGCUGGAAGAGAGUAGGUGAGUUGUGUUUAGUCUCUUUGGGUAGUGCAGUGGCUGGGACCCUAUAUGUGCUAACCUUAGUAGAACAUGGUGUAGGUCCGUUCAGUAACAGAACCUCUUUGGAAAAUUAGCUUCACUGUGCUCUUGUUCAAAUACACUAACUUGACAGCUCAUAUAUUCAUACCUGUUAACAAAAUCAUGAUUUUAUUGAUAAUUCGGCUUAAUAAAAACAGAAGUUUCUUGGCCCAGCUUAUAGACUACAGAAGUGGAGAAACGCCCCCGCUUAAGUUUAUGUUUUCUUAGGAGUUAGAACAACUCUGAAUAUAGUUCUAUGGCUGGGACCCUAUAUGUACUGUUGAUAAAGUUAGGUGCUGUUCUGAGCAUUAUUUGUGGCUAUAGAGUGGCGUUUUGGUUAAGGUUUGUUUAUGGCUCCUCAGACUGCUGUGUAUUGCUAUCCUGUGGUCAUUACUAAAGUUGGUAUAACUAGAGAAGCAAGCGGUCGGCAACAUUCAUCUCUGGAGGGGGUGUCUAACUCUGUGUUUUGGUGUGUUUGAUCCUAAAUUCAUUUUACGCCGGAAUAUCCCUUUAAAUGCACUCCUGCUAACCCACUGGCCGAGGCCUUUCAGUCACAUCACCGUCUGCUCUCCCCCAGAGGACUCAGAGUCUGUCUUCAUGCUCUUCUUCUUCUUCUUCUUCUUCUCCUCUUUUGUGUCUCAGAUGGUGAAACUGGGCUUCAAACACUUUGUGGGAGUAGACGCCAGUAAGAACAUGCUGGAUCUAGCUACAAAAAACAGCCUUUAUAAGGACCUCAGACUGGCCAUACUGGGAGCACAGCCACUUCCUGCAGAGACAGGUACACACACACACACACACACACACACACACACACACACACACACACAAACACACACACUGGUAUCUUUAGUAAAGGUUUGAACAAAGUCCUGUUGAGACUAGUUUGACACUGAAGGCUCUAAACUGUGGUUGGUCUGUCAGUAGUGUUGCAAAAUUCUGGGAAUUUUCAAAGUUGGAAACUUUCCAUGGAAAUUAACAUGAAUAAAUCGGAAAUAUCCAAAAUUGAAGGUUGGCCCUCAACUGGAACUCAAACAUAGUUGGUGAAAAUAUCUUGUAGCAUAAUCUUGACUAAAACAACCAAAUUUAAUGCAAGUCCACUCCUCAAUCACAUGAUUUCUUGAACCCUGGAGGCCACACUUGAGAGCCCAAAGCACAAGACAUUUGAGCCCACUGACUAUAGACAGUCAAGAAAGUUUGGAUAAUAUUAUGGGGUAAAUAGAUUUGAUCUGUAAUAGUAUUGAUAUUUAACUUAAUUACAUAAAAAUAGGUGCUAAAUGUAAGCUAUUUUUAUCAAAUAUUUGGAAGACCAUUCCAGUUGUUUAGCUAACAAUAUUUCUGUUUAUGAUAUUACAUUAAUGUUUUUACAAGAUUUUGUAAAAGCUCAUGUCUUUUAAUUGGAUUAUUUUGCAUAGAUGUCUGCUUAUGACAAAACAAAAAUAUAUGAAGCAUAGCGGUAGUUUCAAGCAGGUCACGGUGUCAAGCUAAAGGCUACAGUCAGCUGAUCUUAAGCCAGCCCUCAGUCAGCUGACAGCUCAGGUGAUCGCUCUCUUCACAUCCUAUUGGCUAAUGUCAAAAUGGCGCCCUAUUUAAACUGCUUCUCCUGCCUACUCUGCCUGUUGCAACCACUCUGCAACCCACCUCCACUCCAGCUCCUCCUGUUUAUGUUGUGUCUGAUCUUAUGUAUUGUCACUGAUGCUUGCUCUGCUCUGUGGGAGGAUUUCAAUUUAUUUAUCUGAAUAGUAUUUAUUUGCGGCUGCUUUCUCUACCUUGGCUUUUCAUGUAUGCACACGAAAGGGAGGGGAGGGGCUCUCCCCUCUUAUAGCCAUGGAGAGCAGGGAACCCUCAGAACGGGCCAUACCGCCAAUGUAAAAAAUGCUUUUAAUAAAUAAUUAAUUUUGACUAAAGUGAUCCUGACUAAGGCUGCACGAUAUAACGAUAUGUUUCGUCUAAACGAUAGAAAAUUUCUAUCGGGAUACAUGAGCUCUAUCGUUUCUAUCGCGGUGUCGCAAAAACGCGCUUUACGGCAGUGUUUUACGUCGUGACGCUCCAUAUAUUGCAUGCCCGCACGCGCUACGGCCACUGUGAAAAACACAAACAAACAUGGAGGAGCCGGGUUAUUGUGGCGAAAGAGAUGACAAUUCUCGUGCAUCAAACGCAGACGAGCCAACGCAGACGGAGGAGCUGCUGCCGAAACGGGGGGCAACGUCGGUUGUGCGGUCGUGGUUUGGUUUUAAAAGGAACGACACGGAGCAGACCGCUGUAGUUUUAUUCUGAGUCAGCACAUAUAUGUAAAUCUAUAUCGAUAUACUCUGAUCUAUAUCUGAUCUGAUGAGCGCGUUUGGACACUCCACCUGACCGAAUUAACACAGCUGAAACCGCAUUAAAUUAAAUAUCCAGUAAACAGUCACACAUGAUGAAGUUAACAAGAUAUUUAAUUCGUCUCCCCGCUUAUCCUCCUUCUUCCUCGCGCAGCUUGAUAGGUGUUAUGCCGUAGAAUGCACCCCUGCAUCCUAUCCACUCAUUAGCGUCUUAAAGUGGAAAAAAAAUAUCUCAUAUUUAAAAAAACACGAGUAUUGGAUCAUGACAACAUGUCAAAUGGAGCAGCAAACUUUCGUUCUGUUUUUAGGUUUUUAAAAAAAGCACAUAGAGAGGUGUAUUUGCGUAUUUAAACUGUACAGUUAGCUGUCAUGGUAGAGAACAUUAUAUUUUCGGGGCAGCAAAUAUUCCGAAUCAGAGGGUUGUUGUUUUCGGCAUAUCUGAAUAGCCUGAAUGAAAUCAUUAAAGGCACACGCUUUAGAAACAGUCCAACGGUAAGGAAAACUUGGAUUAUUUCGCCUUGUUAUGUAUCUUCAACCGCGCUCCCGUCAGGGAGGGGGGUCAGAUGAGUUAUUUACUUCAAGCCUACAUACGAAUAUUAUAUUUUAUAUAAGCUAUACAUCAACUGAAUUCACAAAAAAUGUACUAUAUCAUGAUGUAUAUCGUAUCGGGAUAUAAAAUGAGCUAUAUCGGGAUAUGACCAAAAUCUCAUAUCGUGCAGCCUUAAUCCUGACUGAAUUACAUUUAUGUUUGGAUAUGAUACAGUUUGUUUAAAUCACCCCCAAUUUCCAGUUAAUUCCCCGCAAUUCCCAUAAUUCCCAUUAAAGUUUCCAACUUGGAAUAUUUCCAAAAUUCCCCAGCUUAACUUCCCAUGGAAAGUUUCUGGAAAUUUACCAGAAAUUUUCCGCCCCUUUGCGAUCCUAUCUGUCGGUGAUGGUCAGAGGAUACACUCAGAGAGCUUCUGAUUCCUGUUCAACAUUUUUUGGUAAUUUCCCCCUCACCUGAGUGUGAGAACAGCAGUCUGGAUCUGUGGGAUCUGGAGUUCACAGACAGGGUAACCAAGCUGCUCUUUCUCCUCCACUGCUGGGUUCAGAUACGUACAACGUGGUGGUGAUCGUCGGCGCUCUACGUCAUGAGCAUAUCCCAGUCAGCAUCAUCAGGGAGCUCCACCAAGCCACAAAACCAGGUGAGGAACUGUGAUACUGGGUCCACAUGUUUGGUGUUCUUGUCUUCAUAAUGAAGAGCUCAAAGGGUUUCUUUAUGCAGAUGAUGUUCAGUUCUCCUUCGCCAAAACCAGAUCUCACAUGGUGUCUGUACAUCUGUUUUUGGUGUUCACACUGACCAUGGUUGGACUGGAGCUUACAGAGUCAUGUUUGGCGUUCACUGUAGAUCUUCUCUGAAGGACAACUAAACCUUUUCUUUACCCUCCUGUCCUCCAGGUGGAUACGUCUGCAUGUCCAGGGUGGACCCAAACUCAGAGCUGGGAGACAAAUAUAAGGAGUGUUUGGAGCGUGAGCUUCAGCAGAUGGAGGAGGAGGGGCUGUGGACUCAUGUGGCCUCUGAGGAGAUGAAAGAUUACAUGAUGGAUGUCUCCAACAAACAGGAGGACAAGUAUCUGGGAGGAACCAUGUACCUCUACAGAAAGUCCCUGAAAUAGAUGAACCCCAGGUUUUAAUCCAUACAUUCAUCACAGUAUUACAGUACUUUUGAAAACCUCUCAGAUAAAACUGAAAAAGGCCGACAGAUGGACUCAGGUUAGACCUUCACACUUGGUGGUUACCAUGGUUUCAAAGAGUUAGUCUGUAAGGGCCUGUUUCCACUUCCUUCACCGGCAGCUCCUGUUUCCAAACACCAAAUCAGAGCAGGUCAGACCUUUUUUUAUCAGCUGAUUUUUUUUACAGCUGAGCUCACAGAACAUUUUAUUAAAACUUUUUUAGGUCUAAUCUGGUCUUCAGAAAUUCAUCCAAGACCUCAUGAGUGAGGACUUUUUUAGACAUCUGAAGGUGGUGACUUUUAUCAGUCCAAUUUAAGACUUUCUAAGACAUCUCAGACCCUCAACUUUUAUAACUCUAAUGUCAAAGACUUUUUAGGCCAAAAGAAAACGACAGAGUCCUUUAAUUUAUAAAUCCUGAGACUUCUUAGACCUUUGGGAGUUUUCCUGAAGUCCCAAGUUUUCUUUGAAUCCUCUGUAAGACUUUCAACUGACUUGGAUUUACACCUUAAAUUCAAAUCCUUUUAGACUUUUUAAAGAUUUUUUAAGUCCUAAAUAUAUUUUAAAUUAAUUUCAGACUUCUUCAUUUUCUAGUUAAAAUGAUCAAUUUCAGACAUUGUGAGCCUUUUAAAACUUUGAAUUUGUAAUUAUAAUUUUCGACUUUUGACCACUUUUUUGAGCUCUACAUUUAGAAAAUCUUCUUUUAGACAUUUUAAGACCUUAGAGAUCUUAUUUACAUUUAAGUAACCAUGGGAACUUUGAAAGAGAAGCGCUCUUACACUGAGGCUCUGAGCACUGCCAGUGAAAACUCCUCCUCCUCUGUCAGUGGACACAAGCCCUUAACAGUGACUACAGAUUAGGAUAUCAAAUAUCAGAGCAGAAAGUGAAUAUCAGUGAAUCAAUAAAUCAGUGAAUGAAUGAAUAUUUCAGACCUGUUGUGGUGGUGAAAACAAUGUUUUGGUUAUUUGUUCAUUCUUUGAAAUAAAGUUUAAAAUUGAUCGGUG